CCUCUCCUUCCUCUUCUCUUCUCCUCCUCCUCCUCCAUCCCACUUCCUCCAUCCCUCCACUCUUCUUCCUUCCUCCAUCCUCCUUCCUCUUCCCUUCUCCUCCUUCAUCCCAGUCCUUCCCUCUUCCUCCUUCUCCUUCUUUCCUCCAUCCACUCUCCUCCUCCUCCUCCUCCUCCUCCCUCCCCGCUCAGCCCCUGCUCCAGCCGGGGCCAGAGAUUUCUUGAGUAUUUCUACCUGUCAUUUAUGGGUUCCUGCUUUCAUGGCUGGGAGGAUAAAACUGUAUUUGACUAUCGUAGCUCUCUCCACUGACACACAGAAGAAUACAUGACGAUUCUACUACAGCUCACAAGACCUCGGUUGUGACUGUAUCCUUGCAGUUAUGUGACUAUUCACCAAAAUCCCUGACCUUUCUGUUUGUAUAUGGAGAUCCUUAACAGGAUUAAUUGGAAUUGGAGGUCUGCGGCAAGAUGUGGUUGGAAGACCAGGAAAAAUUAUAUUCAUCCAGCAUUCCUGAGUAAUAAGAAUGGAUCCAGAUGUACCUCUGCUGAAUGAUUACAAAAAGGAGUUCUUCUUGAAGCGCUUUCCACAGACUGUGCUGGGAGGUCCCCGGCUUAAAUUAGGCUAUUGUGCCCCUCCUUACAUCUAUGUGAAUCAGAUUAUUCUUUUCCUGACACCAUGGGUUUUGGGAGGAGUAGGAACACUUUUGUACCAGUUAGACAUUAUGAAAGACUACUGUACCGCAGCGCUUUCAGGGGGAUUGAUGUUUGUUACUGCGCUUAUUCUUCAGAUGACAAAUCUCUAUGCAAAACAAAAAACGAUGACAGUAGAAAGGAGGCAAAUUCAGAAUACCCUAACAGAUGAAGAUGAGUUUGAAUUUUCCAGCUGCAUAGGUUCAGAGACAGUAAAAUUUAUUAUUCCUGGCAAGAAGUAUAUAAUCAACACUGUAUUUCAUUCCCUUCUGGCAGGGGUAUUAUGUGGGUUGGGAACUUGGUAUUUGCUGCCAAACAGAAUAACCUUACUCUAUAGCAACAUUGGAGGAACCGUUAUGAUUUUUGUGUUUGGAUGGGUGACCGUAUGUAUAGGAGAGUAUUCGUUAAUCAUAAAUACAGCAACCGAAACAGCUACUUUCCAAGCCCUGGAUACUUACGAAAUCACUGCUCUGAUGAGACCUUUCUACAUUUUUGUCUUUGUUGCAGUGGAUCUUGCACACAGGUUUGCCGUCAACACACCCAUUCUAGAACAGACAAACCAGAUUUUGCACAUCAUAUUUCUUUUUCUGCCAUUCUUAUGGGCAAUGGGAGUUCUGCCUCCACUUGACGCACUUUUUCUAUGGGGAAUGGAGCAACUGUUGGAGUUUGGACUAGGAGGUUCACCUAUGUCAAGCAACACAAAGUUGUUAGUAAUGUUUCUCAUUUCUGCUGGAACAGCAAUAGCAUCGUAUUUCAUUCCCAGCACUCUCGGUGUGCUCCUCUUCAUGACUGGAUUUGGGUUCAUACUGAGUCUUAACCUAAGCGAGAUUGGUUUUACUUUCAAACACACCGUGAUCAGCCAUUUAGCCUCCAGCAAAUCUAAAAAUAUGCACAGAGGUCUGCAAUUUGGGUGGAGGGAAUUUAUGUUUUAUCUGACUGUAUUAACAUUUGCUCUCGUAGAAGCUAGCCUGCUGCAUCAAUUUGCAGGCUUUUCAUCGUUUUCCAAAGCCAGACCUCAGGCCAUAGCGAGUUACGUUCUCAUCAUAUUGUUUAUAAUGAUGUGGAUUCUUAGAGAGAUUCAGAAAGUGUACUUGUUUGGAGUCUUCCGAAACCCUUUUUAUCCAAAGGAUGUCAGGACUGUGACUGUGUUCAUGGAGAAGCAAAGAAGGCUAAUGAAAGUUGGUGUUGUCAGGAGGAUUUUACUAACAGUAGUGUCUCCGUUUGCUAUGAUAGCAUUCCUGUCACUAGACCGUGCGCUACAAAAUCUUCAUUCUGUGUCUGUUUGCAUUGGAUUCACAAGAAUAUUUAGGAUGGUCUGGCAACAUACAGAAAAUGCCCUGGUGGACAUAGUGGUUGUGUCAAUAGUGCAGAUGUUGGUGUUGAAUCCAGACCUCUGGUGGAACAGGAGCCUGGAUACAGGAAUCAGACUCUUGCUGGUUGGUAUCCUCCGGGAUCGACUGCUUCAGUUUGUCUCAAAGUUGCAGUUUGCUAUGGCUGUUCUUUUGACAUCGUGGACAGAGAAAAAACAACGUCGUAAAUCUACCGCCACAUUAAUCACGCUCAAUGUCAUUUUCUUCCCAAUUCUGCUGACCAUCGUCGCCAUCUCUGCACUCCUUUCUUCUCCCUUGCUGCCGCUCUUCACGCUACCGGUAUUUUUAGUCGGGUUUCCUAGGCCUAUCCGAAGCUGGCCAGGACCGGUGGGCCCUAAGGCAUGUGUUUGCUUUGACACUGUGUACUACCAGCAGUUGGUACCAAGUCUGGCGGUGGCUCUGCAGUCUGCUCUGGCAGCUGGUAGCCUAGGCCUGUCUCUCCCUGGAUCGCAUUACUUGUGCCGUUUUCAGGACAGACUGAUGUGGAUAUUGGUGCUAGAAAAAGGCUUCACUUACUGUGGCGUUAACAUUAAGGGCCUAGAACUGCAGGAAACAUCCUGUCAUGCUGCUGAAGCUCAAAGAGUUGAUGAAAUUUUUGAAAUGGCCUUUGAACAUCAGGAGCACACAAAGAUUCUUUCUCCCAAUCACCAUUUUGGGCACAUUUUAACUCCUUGUACUCUUCUACCUGUGCGGCUGUAUUCUGACGCCAGAAAUGUGUUAUCUGGAAUUAUUGACUCUCAUGAGAAUUUAAAGCAAAUGAAAGAUGAUUUCAUUAAAGUGCUUGUAUGGAUGCUUGUCCAAUAUUGUUAUAACAAAUCAAAAAUGUGCGAAAGCCCUGGAAAUGCUGGCAAAGCCAACAAAGGAUCAUUUCCAGAAACCCAGCAUAUUUGUGCCAUAGAAAAAUCCAGGCCUCUGAGGGAAGAAGAAAGCUCUAGUGCAGAUACCAUUGAGGACUGGGAUGAUGAUAGUGAAAUUUUUGAUCCUGAACCCAGUGGCAAAAUGAAAGACAGAAGAGAAGCUGGGCAGUUGGGAGCUACACCAGAAGUAUGUCUGUCUAUUCCAGGAUCUGUAGAAACAGAGAGCCAAGAUGUCCCACAAGAAAUGUCACCAGAAGAUAAAUUACACAGGGCUGUUGUGCUUGGGCUCCCUGCUGUAGACAAAGGGAAACAGCAACAAGUUUUACCUCAGAUUGAAUUUAGCUGCUCUUACUCAGAGCUAUUGAGCAUCCCUGAAGAAUGGCAAACAGCCCCAGUUCCUACUUCCAAAGUCCAUGAAAUGAGACAGAGGUUUCCAGAAGAAUGGUACCAUUUCAUUUUGAGUCAGCUGGACUUUUUUUACCUGAAAGAAAAGCCUGCCAAUUUACUUGAAGACCUUAUGAAAGAUAAAGCUUUGAAAGACUUGUACAUCCAUGGAGUAUUGUCAUGUUGUUUUGGUAUGUUUGGACUGGAUAAUGCCAUACUUGUCCCAAGCCACGUGUUCAGAGCAUACACUGGUGGAAUUCCAUGGUCUGUUGGUUUGAACUGGCUGACUGGCAAACCGGAGCUAUUCCAGCUUGCGUUAAAAGCAUUCAGAUACACUAUUAAACUCAUGGUGGACAAAGCAAGCCUGGGUCCAGUUGAGAAUUUCAAAGAGCUCGUUAACUACCUGGAAGAGUAUGAAAACAAUUGGUACAUUGGACUGGCGUCAGAUCUCGAGUGGCAGCAAGCAGUUCUUCAAGAAAAGCCAUUUCUCUUUUCACUGGGGCAUGACCCAACCAUGGGCGUUUACACUGGGCGAGUCCUCACUCUCCAGGAAUUGUUAGUGCAAGUGGGAAAACUUAACGAAGAAGCUGUCCGAGGUCAGUGGGCAAAUCUGUCCUGGGAGCUGCUGUACGCUACCAAUGAUGAUGAAGAACGCUACAGCAUCCAGGCACACUCCGUUCUCCUGCGAAACCUCACCGUGCAAGCUGCGGACCCACCUCUUGGUUACCCUGUUUAUUCAUCUGAACUUCUCUAUCUGCCUUUGUUCUAGAACGUUGGUGGCACUUUUGUUUUGGUUUACUAUUAUUAUUAUUUUGUAUUUUCCAUCCACCUGUUGGUGGGAUUCAAAUGCUACAUAUAUGCCCUAGGGAUAAGAUUUGACUCUCAAAAUGGCAUUGGAUGGCAGUGCCAAGCCAGCGAAGGACAGAAACGGUGGCAGCCAGAACUUUCAGCAAACAGAAGGGUUUGUUUUCUUGUUGCUGGAACACGUGAGACAGCAUUGUCUGUGUGGCUGCUAAGCCAGGAGAUGCUGAAAUUCUCUUCUCCAGUUUCAAGGAGAGCAGCAUAAUUCUGAUUGUUAUUUUUGGUGCAUUCUGAUUUUAUUAUAUUUCAUUUUUCUUUUUUAAUAGUUGGACAGGUGACUUGCACUGACAGGUUACAGCUCACUGCAGAAUCGCCAGCCCCAGGGUCGGUAACCAAAGUGUACAUAGGACUAUUUAUAUGGUGUAUUUUUUUAUUCUGGCCAUUUGUAUAUUGCACUGAGUUCAGUUUUAGCACUUGUUAUGAUAUCUGACCUUAGCUGAUCUUCCUUAGGCGCAGUGAGUUACCAGCUGUGCUUCAGCAAAGUUCUAACAGACAAUUUCUACUGAAGUACUGGUGCCGUUUUGGUGGCAAAGAGAAUUUCUAUAAAGCAGUUCAUUCUGGCACACUAAUAACCUUUGAGACUACAGACAAAAGUAAGCGUGUAAUGAGGGAAGACAAGGAAUUUAAAUCCAAAACAAUAAAUUUUAUUUCGUUCUUCCAAUAUUCGUGUAUUUUAUAUAUAUAUAUAAAAUAUAUAUAAUAUUAUAUAUAUAUAUAUAAAAUAUGUUGGUUUUUGCAAACCGAUGCCCACGUCACUAACAAGUCUUCCACAAAUACAGCAAGAGCUUCAUUAUGGGCUGGGGGGAAAUCCAGCUGUCUGAGCCAGAAUUAAGCUUUUUAGUCCUACCAGAGGUUAGAGCAGAGCCUGGCAGUUGGUCUGUAGUGUUGCAGGUCUCAGUCAUCUCUCCAGGGCAUGGCUUAUCCUGUUUGUUAUCACCCAUCAUUAGCACACAAAUGUGUUUUCCCUGUGGGUCAGCUGUUGCUGUCUGUUACUGCUGACACCUGAUCAGGUCGUAAGCAUUUGUCUUUAACCUGCAGAAUCGAUUUAAAUCGGAUCUGCUCUGGAACUGAAUCCAUACCGGUUCAGAACACCCAGAGCUGUACGAGUUGGAGUAAUGUUCAUUACUUUUACUCCUCACCUUUAAGGCCUUUUUGUGUCAGGUAAGAUGUGGCACAGGCCUGUG